GAUUUUGCAACCAGAUUAGGCUGGUUCUGUCAAUUAACCCUUUCCUCACAGGAAAUUCAGCGUUAGGAGGGACGGUGCUGAAGAUGCAAGGAUUUGCAAGGACGAAGCCGAAGACGCUCGCCAGGGCGGAAGCAAGGCGGAAGAGGCGGGCCCGGAAGUAGAAGUGGGGCCAGGAGUUAGCGUCUCAGUUGCCAUGGAGACCAAGGGGCCGACGGCGGAGCGGAGCUCCUUAGAGUCUGGGACCUACGAGUACGAGAGGCAAACAUGGGCGCCAGACUCACGACUGGCCAUGUCCAGAAGCCCCCCAAAGUCCCCCUUGUCGUCCUCCCGUGCCUACGUGGAGAGCUUCCAGUUCGGCUUCGCGACCCGGCCCAGUCGCGGGUGGUCGCGGGCGCUCCCGCCGCCACCCGAGCCGCAGCUGCUGCGUCUGCGCCCCUCUUCGCUGCGCACCCAGGACAUCUCGCACUUGCUCACCAGCGUCUUCCGCAACUUGUACUCCGCCGAGGUGAUCGGCGAGGAAGCGAGCGCCAGCUUGAUCAAGGCCCGCGGCAGCGAUAAUGCGCGCCACGAGCAGUUCGUGGACCAGUUGCAGCAGAUUCGGGAGCUCUAUAAGCAGCGACUGGAUGAGGUCAAAAUGUUGGAGAGACAUAUCAUUCAGGCCCAAGCACGGGCCCUGGCUGAAACAGAGCGGGCCACGAACCAGGCCACAGUGCAUGUCCUCGAGGCCCUCCAGUUGCCCCCAGUUAAGACUGUCUUCAGGUGGUGUGUAGACAGCGAGUUGUUGCGGAAACAUCAUUUGAUCAGCCCAGAAGAUUACUACAGUGACACCGUGCCAUUUUGCUCGGCACCUAAAGGCAGUUCUAUCCCUGGAUAUUCAAAACUGACGUUCAGUAGUCAGAAGCGUUUCACCCCCAAAGGAGCAUUGGGCAAGAAGCUUGCAGUGCCCUACAAGGAGAAGCUUGGAGAUGAGUUCGACUACACUGUGGACAGCCAGGAAUGGGACUCAAUUCCUAAGGCCAAACAAACGACCAAAGAAACCAUCAAGAAACCAAGUCUACCGAAGAAUAAAAAGUGGAUGAAACACUUACGCAUGCCCCAGAGAGAACUGGAGCGACUUCUUCUUGCCAGAAUGGAGAAUCGAAACCACUUCCUGAGAAACCCUCGGUUUUUCCCUCCUAAUACUCCACAUGGAGGCAAAUCUCUUAUUUUUCCUCCAAUUAAGCCUGAACUGAUGGGAGAACACCCGAGUGCAGAGCUGGAACAGAGCUGCAUGGAUGCUCCAGUGUUUCUUGCUAAACCAUCAAUUGGGUUUUUCACAGAUUAUGAAAUUGGACCAGUUUAUGAGAUGGUCAUCUCGCUGCAGAACACCACCUCUGCCAGUCGCUACCUGCGAGUCCUCCCGCCUUCUACUCCACACUUUGCUCUGGGAUUGGGGAUGUUCCCAGGAAAAGGUGGAAUGGUGGCUCCCGGCAUGACUUGCCAGUACACUAUACAGUUUAUCCCGGACUGUCUCGGGGAUUUUGAUGAUUUCAUUUUAGUCGAGACCCAGUCAACUCACACGCUCCUGAUCCCCCUGCAGGCCCGGAGGCCGCCCCCCGUGCUGACCUUGUCUCCAGUGUUGGACUGUGGUUACUGCCUCAUUGGGGGAAUAAAGGUAACCAGAUUCAUCUGCAAAAAUGUGGGCUUCAGCGCUGGCAAAUUCUGCAUUAUGCCCAAAAAGAGUUGGCCACCACCAAGUUUCAGGGCGGUUGCAACUUCCAGCUUUGUUGAGCAGCCUCCCUUUGGAGUCAUGCCAUCCGUGUUUGAGCUGGCCCCAGGCUCUGCUGUGUUAAUAGAGGUCUUGUUCCUCCCAAUGAGCCUGGAAAAGGUAGAGCAGACCUUCAUCAUCGUGUGUGACAACUGCCAAGUCAGGGAGCUGGUGAUCACAGGAAGGGGGCAGCUGAUCGCUUUGGAUCUGAUCUAUGUUUCUGGUGAAAAAAGUCAACCGGACCCUGGAGAGCUCACAGACUUAACGGCCCAGCACUUCAUACGCUUCAAGCCUGAAAACAUUCGGUCCACAGCAAGGAAACAGCUGAUUAUCCGAAAUGCUACACAUGUGGAGCUGGCUUUCCACUGGCAGAUCAUGAAGCCCAACCUGCAGCCCCUAAUGCCUGGAGAAACCUACAGCAUGGACAGCAUCAAGUACCACCCUGACAGGGAGACUGCCUUCUCCAUCAUACCCGAGAAGGGGGUUCUGAGCCCCCACAACAACCAGGAAUUCAUCCUGAGCUUUUCUCCUUAUGAGCUGAGGAACUACCACAGUGUGCUGCAGAUGGUGCUGGAAGAAGUUCCUGAGCCCUUGAAUUCAGAGGUGAAUAAUCUGGAGGACUACACAUACUCUGUGGAUGAUGUGAUUGUCAUGGAAAUUGAGGUGAAAGGCUCAGCAGAACCCUUCCAGGUUCUCUUAGAACCCUACGCCCUCAUCAUCCCAGGGGAGAACUACAUUGGCAUAAAUGUGAAGAAGGAUUUUAAGAUGUGGAACAACAGCAAGUCACCCAUCAGGUACACGUGGGGGAAGAUCAGCCAUUGCCACAUCAUUGAAGUGGAACCCUGCACAGGGGUCAUAGGUACCUUGGGGACUGCAGGGGGUGUGACCUCCCUGGGGUGGCUGCAGGAGGAGGUUUUAGGGUUCAAGGGGCCUGCACAAGGCCCUUGGUGUCUUGUGAUCAGCUCCGGCAUGGCAAGAAAUGAGUACAGGCCAGAUGUCCAGGCCCAGCCACAGAAGGAAACUUCUCCACUCACUUUCCCCUCUUUCCCAGAGCCCAACGAGGUUGGGGAUUUUGAGUUGAACUUUACCGGGGGUGUCCCUGGCCCAGCAAGUCAGGACCUGCUGUGCGAGAUCAGAGACUCACCCUCGCCAGUGGUGUUACACAUCGAGGCGGCCUUUAAGGGGCCUGCACUUGUCAUCAACGUCUCGGCCCUUCAGUUUGGACUGCUCCGCCUGGGGCACAAAGUCUCGAAGUCCAUCCAGAUCCGGAACAUCAGCCAGCUCUCAGCCAUGUGGCACAUGAGAGAGAGUCCGGUCUGCCUGGAAGAAAGGCAUGAAGAUCAGGCAUCUCCCUUGGACAUUGAGCCUUCAAGUGGUUACCUUUACCCUCUGGGGGAGUGCCAGGUGACUGUAACCUUGGAGGCCUUGCACUGUCAGCGUCUGCAGACUGUACUAGAGCUGGAAGUGGAAAAAGGGACCUGGAGCUACCUUCCUGUGUAUGCUGAGGUACAGGAGCCCCACGUAUACCUGAAGAGCAGCCAGGUGGAGGUCAGCAACCUCUACAUGGGGGUGUCCACAAAGUCAACCAUCACGCUCGUCAACGGCACGCUCCUGUUCACGCGGUUUCACUGGGGCAAGCUCCUAGGGCACCAAGCAGCCUUCUGCACAGCAAUAGUCUCUCCCAAACGUGGCCUGCUGGGCCCCAGUGAGGAGCGCCUGCUCAACUUGGAGUUGACCGUGCAUACCAUGGAAGAACUGACGGAUCUGGCUCUUCCUUGUUAUGUGUCAGGAAUGAAAAAGCCACUGGCCCUAGGUAUCUCUGGAAAGCCCCAGGGACUGGAAGUGACCAUCACUGUCUCCAUGGAGGGCUCUGAUAUCAGGACAAAGCAGUGGCCGGGCCACCUGGAGGAGCUCCACCUAGACUUUGGAUCAACGGUGCCACUGAGGACCCGUGUGAAUGGCCAGAUCAUUCUGACCAAUUGCUCCCCAAUGCAGACCUCUUUCACUCUCAAUUUUGACUACUUUGGGAGCCCCCCAAACAGCCUGAGCAAAAGCAUCAGCCUCCCUGACUUGCCUCCUGCCCUGCUAAAGUCAGCGCGGAUCCGAGAGCACUUGGCCAAAAAAGAGCAGCUGGAUUUUAUGGAAAGCAUGUUAUCUUAUGGGAGAGGAGUUGCAUUCUUCCCCCACACUUCCAAGGGUGUGCUGGGAGCUUUCCAGCAGCUGAGCAUUGACAUCACAGGCUGUGCCAACAUGUGGGGCGAGUACUGGGACAGCCUUAUUUGCAAGGUGGGAGACCUGCCACCAGCAGUCAUCCCAGUGCACAUGGCAGUGGUGGGCUGCCCCAUCAGCUCCCAGCGGACCACCUCUUACAUGGCUGACAAGUCACAGAAGGAGCCCAUCAUCAGGUUUGGGACCCAGGUCUCUGGAGGAGACACAAUCACACGGAAACUUCGCCUGAAUAACUCCAGCCCCUGUGACAUUCGCCUAGACUGGGUCACCUAUGUUCCAGAAGAUAAGGAGGAUAAGCUGGUGGACCUGCUAGUGUUUUAUGGACCACCAUUCCCACUGCGGGAUCAAGCCAGAAAUGAGAUCGUGUACCCCGAGACCCCUGAGAGCAGCAGCUUACCCUGGUCCCCAAGCCCCUCCAGCGUGUCCGAGUCCAGCCAUGCAGCUUCUUUUCCAGUGGAGGCCUACUCCAAUGCCAGCACCAGGGCUGCAGCGCAGAUCAUCUCAGUUGUCCUGCAGGAGCAUGCGGGGGUGCCCUCCGACCUCCCCUACUAUAUCAGACCCCAGCAGGUGGUGGUCCCUGCUGGGGGAAGUAGCACCAUCUACAUCUCCUUCACACCUCCAGUGCUCAGCUCCGACAUCCAGCAGAAGGUGGAGUGUACUGGCUACGCCCUGGGUUUCAUGAGCUUGGACAAUGAGGUAGAAAGAGAGAUUCCCGGAAGGAGGCGUCGCCUGCAGCACUUUGCUGUGGAACCCCUGAGACUGGACCUGCAUGGGCACGUGAGGCAUGCGCAACUAAGCGUGGAGCUGGACAGCAGCGGCAGCUUGGAGUUCUGGUGCCAGGCCAGCGACCUCAUCCCCGAGCAGCCCUGCUCUGCGGUGCUGAGUGAGCUGCUGACCACCCGCCACCUGAAGCUGAUUAACACUACAGAAAUACCACAGUACUUCUGGCUUCUGGUCUCCAGGCCCUUUUUUGUUUCUCAAGGCCAGGCUCCUUUGGACCACAGAGCUGGCUCUGGCCAGGAGCACGAGUCUGAGGAGACGGCCCCAGGGGGCAAGCAGAUGGAGCUCCGGCCACAGGAGAACAUGCUGGUGGAUGUGUCCUUCUCACUCUCCCUGGAGCUGCUCUCCUACCAGAAGCUCCCGACCGACCAGAUGCUACCUGGAGUGGAUAUCCAGCAGAGCACAAGUGGAGAGAAAGAGAUGGUGUUUACUCAGGAUCUGCUCCUGGAGUUCACCAAUCAGACCACACAGGUUGUGCCCCUGCGGGCCAUUGUGACUGUGCCUGAGCUGCAGCUGUCCAGCAGCUGGGUAGACUUUGGAACCUGCUUUGUGAACCAGCAGACAUCCCGGGAGAUCUACCUGAUGAACCUCAGCAGCUGCCGGAGCUACUGGGCUGUGCUGAUGGGUCAUCAGAGUGCCAUCAAGGAGGCUAAAGACUUUGUUGUCUCCCCAAGCAGUGGGUUGCUGGAGGCACGACCCACCAAUGCGCCCCCAACCUCCAUCACACUUGAGGUGUUCUUCACUCCCAGGUACAGCUCCUCCCCACCUUCUGGCACUAUCCACAGGGCUGGGGGGCCCUGCAGAUCUCAGCCCCUCCUCUUCCACAGGAGCAAUGAGCUGUAUGAAUCCACGAUGGUGGUCGAAGGCAUGCUGGGAGAGAAGUCCUGUGCCCUGCGGCUCCGGGGCCAAGGCUCUUACGAUGAGACAUUCAUGGAAACUCACCAGCUCUGAGGCUCACCCCACCCCUCAGCCCCAGACUUAGCUUAAGGAACAAGAUGGCACAGGUUGAUGAACAGGUGUGCGGGGCAGAGACAUGGACUGAGGAUUUCUAAACAGCUCUUGGGAUGGAGGAGCCCCACCCCCUCUGAGGCAAAGGUCUUGCCUUAGGCACUACAUUGUAAGUCCCCAAAGCUAACACAAAAGAGGCCACACCAAUGUGGAGAUCAUAGCAGUUCAGACUCGGAUGAAGCACACAGAAGUCCCCCAGGGAAAACACCCACCCACUAAGAUAACACACGAUUGAUUAUACCAUUGUCCCCUCCUCAUUCAUGAGGCCACAGUUUCCUAGGAUUUACAUGGGGGCCUUGUGGGCUGGGUGACCCACAAUGACUUUGGCCCAGCUAGAGGGGGCCUUUUGGUAAGGCCCAACACCCUGCCCACUCCUGUACUGUGUUAUCCAUGUUCAUAGUUUCCAAAUUAUUUAAAGUGCCUUGAUUUGUUCCCACCA